CCCGCAGCACCGCCCCGCCCGGCUCCGUCCGCCACCGCCCCGGCCGCACACCGCUCCCGAUGGCGCCGAAGAAGACGCCGAAGGGCAAGUCGGGCUUCUUCGGCGUGAGGCAGAAGCCCUCCGGCAACUGGGGUGUGGAGUUCUCCGACGCCGGAAGGCGUUGGUGGAUCGGCACGUACCCCUCCGCCCACGAGGCUGCGCGUGCCUACGACGUGGCGGUGUGGCGUGCCGAGAGGCCUCGGUCGCACCUCAACUUUCCAGAGAUCGAGAGUCGGGCGGUAGCGGAGAUGCUUGUGCCGCAGGGCAUCAACAUGAAGGAGAUCACGACGACGAAGAAGAAGAAGAUGAAGAAGCCGUUGGUUGUCGUUAGUGCUGGCGAGACCGAUGAGGAGGCGAUGGCGAGGUUUGCUCGGCAUCCGGAGUACGUCCAGGCCAAGCUGGAGUACUACUGGAAGCGUGAGGCGGAGCAGAAGAAGAAGGGGCUGAAGAAGGAGGAUGAGGCCGGUCCCUCGACGGUGAUCCCCAUCGAGUCCUCUUCCGAGGAGGACUGGGCAGACUUCUCGGAGGAGGAGGAGGAGGAGGAGGAGGGGUGCGACGACCCGACGAAGGAGGAGUUCUGGGAGCAGUUCCGUAGCUCCGGUGAGGAGUAGUUUAUCUAGCAGUUUGAAUAAGUAGUAGUUGAAGUUGAUGUAUGAAACUAUGUUGAAUUUGAUGUUUGAACUAUGUUGAAUGGACUAGUAGUAUGUCGUUUUUACAUCUUCAUUUUGGACCAUCUAUUGGAGUUGCUCUUUGGACCAUCAAUUUGGACCAUCUGUUGGAGAUGAGCUUUUUUCGGAGCUCCAAAACGCACUUUUUGGCGGACCAAAUUUUACAUCUCCGAUUUUGGACCGCCAAAUUUUGGACCAUCCAUUGGAGAUGCUCUAAAAGUGUUCCCUUCAAUCAGUCCUUCCUUCAAGAUAUUUGGUAUUAGCUGUUGAUUGUGCUAAAGAUACAGUACUUCAGUUCCUACUCGAAUCAGUUUUAGCGUAGGAGGUGGAAGAUUGGGCCAAAAUCUUCCUCUCUACGACUUCUAUGUUUGGAACCACAGUGCAAGUUGGGGAUCUUUAUUUCUGUUGAAAGAAAAUUACUUGCAACUGUAUUCACACAUGUUUCAUUUAUUUUUAUGCAUUGCUGAUUCAUCAUGUACUACAAAAGAUAUGUUGUGAUGAUGCACAGUACUCCCUCUGUAAAGUAUUAUAAGACGAUUUAGUGAUCUAAAACGUCUUAUAAUACUAGUAUGAUUUAACAUAGAAGUUGCCUUUGUCCAUUUCAGCUACUUGGUCAGCUUAAGAGAGAGUCAAUGGCUGAAUGACUGAAUGCCCAGUCUAUCUCUAUCAAUUGCAAAAUUGGUACACCUAUCAUUUGUGGAGUGAUAUUGAUUUGUCGAGGCUUAUCGAAAGGCCAGGAGUCAUCUUGCCCUCAACCAGAUAAGAUUCAUGUUCUUUGACUCACUUUUCCAUCAAGAUCAUAUACUUUUAACCAUCUAGCCCUCAACCAGAUUCAUGUUCUUUGAUUCACUUCUCCAUCAAGUUGUAGUGUCGUCUGUGGCCGCGUUAAGGUGGCUGCAUUGUUGACCAUGGUGGAGGUGUUUAGAGAAGGACUGAAGGAGGUUGCGUGGCGAGAACGGCCACACUCAUUCUUGCGCACUGAGCCACCUUCUGACCACCACGACUCAGGCCAACAGUCACCAAACCCAUGUCUCCGGCAUCUCCAUCCAACUUGAACUGCUGCCUUUGAACUGAACUUACUAUAGAGGACUCAAAGGAGCCAGAAUGCUUCAGUUUUCCAUAAUUGGCUUGCGUCUUACAAUGUUUCAAGAUCUCUUGCCAAUGAAGUGCUGCACCCUGCUAUACUUAACCAUGUAUGUACCACUCUUUAUUGUCUUUAAAGUUGUAUGCAACCUCGAACAGAACACUCUUGCUAAUGCAGCACCGGCCUAUGCUGUACCUUAUCAUAUACCAUGGUUUGGUCAUGUUUUAAUGGUUCUCUUUUAAUUAUUAUUGUUGGCAUCCGAGUUUGCAAGUAGAUUUAUGUUGUGCUGAAUCAUGCUUUGGUUUCGGUUAACCGUCCAAUAUUUGCUGUCAUCUUUUCUUUAGAUGCAUCACUCGCAGUUAUGCUUUUCUGUGCGGUACAGAAGAGAUGUGAUCUUUCUGGAGCUUUGAUUCUCUGAUAGCAUUUAGCAGGUUUCUUUGCUUUGCAAACACAGUCAAUUCAUAAGCCUAAAGAUUGUUUCAUCAAAUGUAGCGUGAGAUAACAGACAAUAGCUCACGUGGCUAUAGUUAUAUAUUUUUUCGAAAAUGGGAUUAUCCGGCCUCUGCAUCAUAUAAUGCACACAACCGUUUUAUUAAACGCGAACCAAGUUCAAAUCACUGAGUACAAGACAAAAAUAAAACUAGAAAGGUAACAUUACCACAACCGUGAUUACAUAGCUCCAGCCAAAUUGAUUGAAUAAACCCUAUGAGCCGACUGCCCCCAGAGGCCAUAUGCGCCCGCGCGUCCGUGCUGCAAUGAUGACCACAUAUGCAUAGAUGUCGUAGUCCUGUAGAUAACUUGCAAGUAAUCAGGAAUAGAUGAUCUCUUAAAAACACACUUGUUCCGGCAAUUCCAUAUUGCCCAUAGAGUGACACAAACUCCCACAUGGAUUUGGUCCUUCAGCUUAUGAUGAAUACCAGCCAACAAGUUUUGAAACAGAUUUGGAAUGCUUGUUGGUGGCGCUAAAUUGUAGGCAACAUGAAUCGUGAGCCAAAUCAUGAUAGUAAACGGACAUGACAGAAAUAAAUGAUAAAUUGUAUCCUCUUGAUCACAAAACAACAUUUUUUGCUACCAUGUCAAAUACGCUUAGCGAGAUUAUCUUUUGUAAGAACUACCUCCUCUUGAAAAACCACAUGAAAACUUUGAUCUUGCAAGGAACCUUUGUUUUCCGCAUAAUAUGUUUUCUGCGAAAAACAGGUCCACAAUCCAUAAGAUCCAAAUACAUAGACUUCACAACGAAGAUGCCAUUAGUAGUUAACCUCCAUUGGAACGUAUUUGGCAUUUGAGUUAGAUUGAUCGGGAUAAACCUAGAAAAUAAAUGUAUCCACUUUGUCCAUUUGUCACCUAGAAUUUUUUUUUCAUGAUCAGGUAUCGUAAAGCUAAUGAAGUGUCACCCAACUAGGUAUCUUUCCAAAAACUUGUUGAUUGGCCGUCACCAAGGGUGGCGCCAGGCAGGGCGUUGGCUCGGGGCGUGGUAAAGUUUUUCUUCGCAACUGUAGCAAAAUACUACUGUAGCUAAGCAGCUUGCCUCCGCUACUGGCCGUCACCUAACUUAAAGGUUCCUCUCUUAAAAAGGAUGACUUGACUCUUCAUCAAGACCCUCCAAAACACUGAAUCCGUAGGCUUAGCAUCUACUCCCCCGUUUUUAAAUAUAAGUUUUUUUAAAGAUUCCAAUACGAACUAUAUAGACAUAUUUUAGAAUGUGUAGAUUCACUCAUUUUGCUCCGUAUGUAGUCCGCAUUGAAAUUUUUAAAAAGACUUAUAUUUCUUUACGGAGGGAGUACUUGGGAUAAUGUUUUGGAGUACAUAUAUUUGUUAUGGAGCAACUCUUGCCAAACAUUAAGUUAAGCAGCUUAUAUACUACAAUACGAAGAACAGGGGAAUAGGUGAAGAGAAGAGUAGAAAAGGAAAUUAGCUCACCUGCAAUGUGGUUAUUAUGUGAUGGCAGGUAGUGCAUGUGCGCAGACAGAUCUUAGCCCCAGCGCAGGUUGAUUCCCUCUUAUUUUGUUUCUUACCUCAGCUGCUUCAGAGCACCUUGCAGUAGUUUUUUAGGAUUAAUAACAGCGCAUGCACACGGAUGUUCCUUAUUCCUUUCAGCAUGUGGGGCACCAUCAGGUGUCAGCCAUUGGCCCCUCUCUGUACCUAUGCCGGUAUGCCCUCUUCCACGAGUCUAUGUAAAACGGAAGUUAAUCAAUACCGCUCGAUCUUAAAUAACCGGAUGGUAAUUUACACUCUAAUUGCCAGUGAUUCCCCAUCAUUAUCAUUAUCCCCAAUCACUAGCUGAUAUCAUAUCCUCAGUCACUGGCUCGUAUGGCAGCCGAACACUGAAAGCUCGAGCACCUCCAUGACUGAUUGCUGAGGUUUUGUCCACAGCAAUUGUUGACAUGCACCACAGUAUCAGUCAGUCCCAUGCCUGUUUCUUUCAGCUAAACUCAACCUUUGUUUCUUCUUCGUGUGCGUUGGAGAUUUCACGAGACCGACACACGGAGGGAGAAUCCAAGCGUGUAGCUAAGCCUCGCAGUCGCAGCCAUCCACGAGAUGAGAGGAAGCG